CUGGAUCCCACUCCGUGUCUGUUGAUGAUCCAAGAUAAAUCCUUCCUCAUCGCUGUUUGGAUCAGAGCUCCGUUAGCUCUGCGAAACAAAGCGGAACAACCAGGAGAUCCGCGGGCAGACCGGAGGCUGCAGCGGAGAGCCGAGCUUCCACUGAGGGCAGCCGAGGUGCAGCCGCUCCGGUGAACGUCCAGGCCCUGGCCGCCACCUCAGUCCGCCUUGGGAUCGAUAAUUAGGAGGGAAACCAAGAAGAAGCAGGGGAUUUUUUUUGCCUGGGAGGAGGGAGUGAAGCUGGACCGGAAUAUCGCUGCUCCUCCUCCUCCUCCUCCUCCUCCACCACCUCAUCUUCAAGGAACUUAGGUUUGGAUAGGAAGCUGAAUUCUGCUGCCGGGAAGAUCAUUUACUCCAAAACAGCUAGCAUGGUGUCAGAUCUGUCUCCAGAAGCCCAGUCUUACACUUGGAUGUCUCGUACUCCCAGAAAAGCAGCUACAUUUGGGAAGCGCUCCAACUCCAUGCGCAGGAAUCCCAAAGCAGAGAUUGCCAAGCAGGGAUGGCUGUACAAACAGGCCAGCAGUGGAGUGAAGCAGUGGAGCAGAAGGUGGUUUGUCCUCACUGACAGAUGUCUCUUCUACUACAAAGAUGAGAAGGAGGACACAGUGUUGGGGAGUUUGCCACUGCUCAGUUUCCGGAUCGGAAGAGUUGACCCUUCGGAUAACGUCACCCGCAAAUUUGCCUUUAAGGUGUGCUCGGAGGAAGAGGGUGAGGAUGGUGGGUUGAAGGAUCCUCUCGUGUCUUGCAUGCAGGCGAAGCACACCGGGACCAGAACAUAUUACUUCAGCACAGACAGCCAUGAGGAGCAGGAAGACUGGAUCAGAGCCAUGAGUGAAGCUGCAGAGGUCACUGACCAGACAGCUCUGAGAACCACUGAAGACCGUUUAAACAGCAUGGAGACAAAGAGCCCUGACCCACAAGCACACAGCAAUCUGAAUGGGGUGAAGGGCUCUCAAACAAGUCCAGCCUACACCCUCAGCUCCCAUCAGGAGGGAAGGAAGAGCAGCAGAAAGCCAGGAGGAGCUGCAGAAGAUGAGGGAGGAGCUCCUUUGGCUGACCACAUUCCCGAACCUAACCACAACAUUGAUGACUGGAGUAGCUGUGGUGGUCCCAGCACCAAGACCCAAAACAACAACGACAAGGCACCAUCCUCCAGGAGCUCCAGUGGACACCGUGGCUCAUCACACGACCCCAAAGAUCAGCAGGAGAAUGUGGUGCUAAGGAGGGGAUUUGUACCGAGGACCACACCAGAGAGGGUGGCCCAGAGAAAGACCUCUAUGGCUCAGCUGCAGCAGUGGGUCAACCUGCGGAGGGGCGUGGCCUCUCAGGAAGACAUCAACAGCCCAGCUCAUUACUACCCGGUGAGCAGAGGGGCCCCGGCCGACUACUACAGGCACUCCGGUGGCUCCCAGUACGUGGAGGAGUUUCCUCUGUAUCCCCCAGGAGUCCGGCCGGAGAGCAUCUGCUCCGUUUCUCCAGUGGGGGCUUAUGAUCGACACUGGACUGUGGAGCGGCGCUCACUGAGGGAUGGGCCACAGUUGCUCAGGGACCCCUGGGGGCCACCACAAUAUGGUGGGAUGGAAACACAGAUGAGGCGCUUGUCCAUCCAGCCACGCUCCAGGUCGGUGCCCAGGUCACCAUCCUUGUCGUCGGGGGGACCGUACUCCCCGGUUCCACCCAGCUUUGCCUCUCCAGCUCGAUCACCGUCCGGAUACUUUGAGCGGUUCCCUGGCAGAAUGAGGGAGGACGUCAUCUACGCAGACCCCUUCACCUAUAGCCUCAGAAGGUCCAUCAGCUCUCCAAAGUAUGUCUACCCUGGUGACAGGAGGUCCUUGAGUCAGGGGCUCUACCACCACAGCUACCCUGUGUCCCCCUCCAUGCACAUGAAAACGGAGGACAUGUUGGACCUUCAGCUCCAACGAAACCUGGACUACCUUGACCAGCAGGUUCCUCCCUUCCAUGACGUCUACAGCAGAGAGCUACAUCCCACCUUGAAGCUGAAUGAGAUUGAAACUAGUAAACUUUUGGGUCGACUGUGUGAACAGAGCCGAACUUUGAAAGACCACGAGGCUGCAGUUCACCGACUGAGGAUGGACAAGGACAGCCUAGAGGAGGCACUGGUGGCAACUCAUCAGGAGAUGGAGCUCUACCACAACCAGCCUUUAAUCCUGGAAAAACUGCAGUUUAAGAAGGAGACCCAGCAGAACCAGCUCAUCAACAUCAGAGGGGAGCUUUCCCAGGCCUCCAGUGCUUUAACCACCAUUCGGAUGGAGUUUGAAGCGCUGGAGGAUGAGGCCAAUGCCAUCCAUGGAGACCUGUGGGAGCAACUGAAUGCUGGAGGGCAGAGUGAACUAGUUCGUCGACACAUUCAGAAAGAGUUCUGGAGAGUCCAGGAUGUGUUAGAGGGUCUUCACAAGAACAAUUUGUCCAGAGGCACAGACACAGCCAAGCACAGAGUGGUCAGCGCUGCUUCGGGCUCCUUUAGCACCAAUAGUCCUGCCAGUCCCCUCAGCUCCAUCAGCCUCACCAGCCCGCUCAGCCCCUUCUCCCCCACCAAGCAGCUGGGCCCGGAGGAAAGUGUUCCACCAAGGCCGCCCCUCCCCAAGUCCUACUACCCCUUGGAGCCCUCCCCCACCUUCCCUCCCUCCAUCCCCCCUCUGCCUUUAGACAGCACCGCCUGGCUAUGCAGCUUGGGCCUGGAUGAAGGUUCUCCUGACCAAGACAACAUCACACAGAAGCUGAAGAGGGGAGAUCAGAGCAGCUCCAGAGAUGUUCAGGAGCAGCUUCAGUCCAACACAAACAAAGUUGGCAUUGUUCCUCCAAGAACUAAAUCCCCCAACGAAGAGUCUCCCAGGAACUCUGCUGAAGGUUCCCGACAUAUCUCCAGGGAGCGUCCGAAGAGUGCUGUGUUUCCUGCCGAGUUUAAGUCCAAGAUGAGCGUGGAGGAGCAGAACGAGCGGAUCCGUAGGAACCAGAGUAGCUCCAUGAGGGACAAGAGGCGCAGUCUGAACCUUGGCCAGUCUCCAGCUAACUACAAAGUGGUUCGAAGGCGGCUGACAGCUCAUGAAAUUGACAUCAAAGACUUGGAGGCAGCUGUCCGGGGUGAAGGUCUAGAAUCUCCAGGGGAGGAAAUUGCUCGGCUGAGACGGUUACAGGUGGAACCAGAACACUACGACAUCAGCAAAGAGCUGAUGGCCCCUGACAAGGUUGUGAUCCCAGAGCGUUACGUGGACGUGGAAGAGAACACUCUGCUGAGCCCAGAGGAGCAGAAGGAAAAGCAGAAGAAACUCGACCGGAUCAAGACACUGAUUGCAAAAUCCAACUUGCAGAACAUGGUUCCUCUCCUGGAUGGUCCUGUGGAGGGUGGAGCUUCAGCCAGCUCCCAGCACCAGCUUCAGGAGCAAGAGAAGAGGAUUGAGAUCUCCUGCGCUCUGGCUGCUGAGGCCUCCCGCCGGAGCCGCCUCAUCUCUGCCCAAUGUGCGUCCAGUCCCCCCAUAUCCCCGACCAGCCUGGUCCCGCCACCGUCCUCUGCUGACUUCCCCAACUCUGCACACAUCAUGAAGGUGUGACCAGUUCAGGCUCUGGCUGCUGUGAAGUUUGAUGGAGCUUCUUUCUGAGGAUCAGUGAAAACGUUACCGGGGUCUCUGGAACAGCUGAUCUGAAGCAGCAGAAACUGUCACAGCUGUCUGUCUAACCCGGAUGCUAAGAACUGAGAACUCACCAGCCAGAAGUCCGGCGCAUACCCACCUCCUGCUGAUGUAAACCCUGUAGCACAAAGGAAGCUUCAGAUCCUGUCCUGUCCAGCUGUGUCAUAUUUCUGUCUCAUUUAGCUCAGGACAUGUUCUGCAAAGUCAGUUACUUCUGAGCUUGAGAUGGUGAACCCACCAGAGACAAGCUUCAGACGUCAGAAGAACCUGGUUGACACCCGAACCUGAACAAACUGGAUCAUGUUUUCUCUGACUGAGACCUCCCAUCACUGUCCAACUGUAAGGACUCACUGUGAUGCCUGUUUACCCAGAAUGCCAUCCUCUCCACAUCUCAUCUUCGCCUUGUCUGCUGUGUGUCUGAGUGUGAAGGUGAGAAAGACAGGAAGUGUUACCAGAGUAAAGGUUAAAGCCAUUUUUUAAUCAGUGAUGAUUUAGAGAAACUGCAUGAAGCACAAAGCUGACCAUCACCUAGAGCCCAACCGAUAAGGAUUUUUUGAGGCCGAUGCCAAUUCCAAUAUUUGGCAGAAAAAUAUUCAGAUAACUGAAUAAUCAGCCGAUUAAUAAAAAAAAUUAAUAAACUAACUUUUAUUUUUCUA